UGGGAAUCCUCGGUUCAAAACUGGCCAACGUUCCCUUGUGAUAGAGUGUGCGCCUGUUUCUGCUUUCACUACGUCUUUAGAGACGACAACAUAGGACCGAAGUGUGCUCUCUAUAAGCGGGACACGGGUUUAUUUUAGCUGAAGAAGUUUCUGAGUUAAAGACAAAAGCAGCAACAAGUCGUGCAGGUGGUAGACCACACGUUGACCGGGGAACCAGUCUGAAAUCAUCCAGACCUUCUCGUCUCAUCUGAGCCCGACAAGAAAGAUGUCCGUGGAGAGUUACUCGGCGCUGGAUGAGUCCUCUCUCCGAGCCUUGCUGGAUGGAACCGUGGAUCUGGACGAGAGGCGCAUCAUCCGUUCAGCCAUCCGUGAGUUGAGAAGCAGGGAGAUCGAGGACAUGGAGGCCGCUCUGGCCAGCAAGAGAUUUCGACCCACACGCCUCAAACAGCAGGAGGACAAGGAGAACCAGCACAGCGACAACUUGGACGUCCUGUCACAAAAACUACAAUCGAUCCAGGAUAUCGAUGAGCUUACAAAAAUGCUCCGUGCCGCCAGCGAGUACGAGGAGAGGAAGAUGAUCAGAGCAGCCAUCAGACAAAUCAGAGAUGAACAGCAGCAAGGGAGUGCGGAGCAGGUUAAAGCUCCGGGUCGCUGCCUGGAACCUGGGAGUGUGGAGCCCCAGAGCAGCAUGGGAACUGGGGAGACAGAGCGGGAGAGUCACAGUGAGCAAGAGCGUAUCCGAUCUCAGAUCCGGGAGUUGCGCGGCCAGCAGACACAACAAAGCAGAGAGCUGCAGAGAUUAGGCUCCAACUCAGACAUGGUGUUGGUUCUCGAUCACCUGGUGAAGGACGAUGGCCCCGGAGCUCUGCUGAUCCAGCCUCAGAGAGAGGCUGUGACCACAGAGCCUGACCUCGUCCUGUCUCAUCGCCAAAGGUCAGAUUCCUCAGCUUCCGACCGCAGUGUGACCUCUGUGCUUUCCAGGUCCAAUCUUGAUCCUGUGGCCUCAGAGAAGAGUCUGGGCUCAGCAUUCAGAGCCCGACUGGACUCAGGAGCCUCAGACAGAAGCCAGAGUCCCUUCCAGCGUGGUCGGCUAGACUCUGGGACAUCAGAGCGAAGCGUCAGCUCCCUGUCCAACGUAAGACAGAGACUGGGCUCAGAUGUCUCAGACUCUGGCGUCAGACCCCGUUUGGGCUCUGGGUCAUCGGACAGCGUUGGUGUUUUGUCACGGAAACGGACUGACUCAGGAACAUCUGACCAGAGUGUGAGUGUGUCCUCUGAGGAGAGGGGUCCAGCGGAGGAGGUGGAAGUGGCCACGAGUGGUUCAACUUACAGCACAGAUUCAGAAACUGAGAGUGGAAGCCAAGGUCCAGCCAGCCUCCAGGCCCGGUCCGACCAGGGCUGCAUCAUUGACCAGGAGCAGCCAGAUGGAGCUGUUUCAUCCAGGAGAGAUCCUGCAAAUGGUCUGCUCAACGGCAACGGCAAUGGAAAAAUCGACUGUCAGAAACAAAAGAUGACAAUUAACAGCGAGCUGCCCCUAACUCAUGGCAAAGCAAAGGAUUCUGCACCUGAGAAGAAAGAUGUUGUAUUGGAGCAAGUAAACCGCACCAACUCUAUACGUGAUCGAAUGCGCAAGUUCACGGAGCCCAGCCAGAGCGCAAGUGUCCCAGCUUUGAAGAAAGCUCCUCUGAGGAACGGGACCACCUCCGGCAACAGCGGCCAGGCAAAUCUCUCCAGAGCCACUGAGCUGUUUACACACGCAGGAGCAUCCCUCAUCACAUCUGGAGACAGGCCAGCAAGCCCACGUGUGGGCUCCACGUCUUGCACCUCUGCCGCAUCCCAGAGUCAGGCAAUACCUCAGCCAAGAGGUGUGGCCAACAAACCUCUGUCUUCAGUUAGCCAAUGGCAGAACUCCAUGGGUGGGACGAGGCAUCCAGCUGAAAAAGAUGCGCAUGCCUCCAGUAACUCAAAGGAAGACGGGACCCCAGGGAGAGAAGCUGCACAGCAGGUCACCCAGGGAGAGGCAGACCCGGACAUGAAGACUUUCCUCACUAUCGAGAUCAAGGAUGGGCGCACCACCACCUCCUCUACAUCCUCCCCUAGGGGCAACAUCGUGCCCACCACCAACAUGGCCCCACGCAUCGCCACUAACGCUCUGGGACAGAGAGCAGAGUUGACCCUUGGUCUCAGAGCUACACCGUUCAAGAUCUCCUCAUCCAGCCUAUCCUCUGGAUCCUCCAUCAAGAUGGAGACGGAGCCCGUCAUGGCCUCUGAGCCGGUGUUUUCAGCUGGUCCGUCUGCCCAGAUGGUGAGUCACGUCCCGGUCAUCCCCAACGGCUCCAGCACUCAGGGCAAACCCGACGAACGCUCCGGAAAACUGACUGCCGAACAGCUGGCUGCUAUCGAGGACGAAGAGCUCCUUGACAAAAUGCUCGAUGAGUCAAAAGACUUUGAGGAGAGGAAGAUGAUCCGUGCAGCCAUGAGAGACCUUCGCAAGAGAAAGAGAGAGGCCAUGCUGGGAUGUACUCAAGAGGAAAUAGACCAGAGAGAAAAGGAGCGCGACACCCGUCUGCAGGAGCUCAGGCAGCAGAGAGAAGAGCGAUCACAGAAAGGCCGUGCUGGGGUCGGAGCAGGAGAGGUGGUGAUGAGGAAGGUGGAGAAGUCAGCGGACGGCUCCAGCCUCAGCCAAGUCACCAAGACGGACCGCUUCGCUUCCUCUGAUGAUGGGAGCAGAUCAUCACGCAGCACUGUCGUGGAGGCUAGCUAUAUGCAGAAAACAGACAGAGGGACAAUGCAGUCAAAAUCAUACAGCUUCAGCUCUUCCUCAUCAUCAUCCUCCUCCAACACAAGCAAAAAAGUGGGCAGUGUGUUUGAUCGCGAGGAUGACUCAUCGUCUCGCAGUGGCAGCGGCGGAUUGGCCGCAGUAGAGCGAAGGCAGGCGGAGAGGCGCAAGGAGCUGAUGAGGGCUCAAACUCUGCCGAAGACCUCUGCCAUGCAGGCCCGCAAAGCCAUGAUAGAGAAGCUGGAGAAGGAGGGAGGCGGCCCUGGAAAUCAGGCAGUCGCCAAAGUAAACAAGGUCCAGCGUUCCACCAGCUUUGGUGUACCCAACGCAAACUCCAUCAAGCAGAUGCUGCUCGACUGGUGUCGUGCCAAGACCCGCUCGUACGAGCAUGUGGAUAUUCAGAAUUUUUCAUCCAGUUGGAGUAACGGCAUGGCAUUUUGUGCCCUGGUGCACAAUUUUUUCCCUGAAUCCUUUGAAUACGAAUCCCUGAGCCCCAGCAACCGCAGGCAAAACUUUGAGGUGGCAUUCAGCACGGCAGAGACGUACGCCAACUGCAUGCCUUUGCUGGAAGUGGAGGACAUGAUGAUCAUGGGUAAUAAACCCGACUCCAAAUGCGUCUUCACCUACGUACAGUCUCUGGUCAACCACCUGCGCAGAUACGAGAUGUCCAUGGGUCGGCCCUGUGACCUCUGACCUGUGUUUGGCGAGCGUUCAGCCUCAACAUGGCACUAUGGACAAGUUGGGGAUUGUGUGUGUGUGCUUGUGUGUGUGUGUGUGUGUCAGUUUGCUUAAUAUCUUUGUUGGCAGUGGUGAUGUGUAUUCAUUAUUUCAUUAACACAAAGUCCACCUUUCUCCAGCAAGAGUGCGCCAAAGUUUUUAUAAGACUACCUUUUCAAGCUUUAAAAUGUUACUUUUUUUUUUACUCGGCUCUGUACCUGGUAAUAUUUAACAUGCAGUAGCUGUGUCACCUCACUAGUGUACUGUAAAACACAUCAGAAAUAUUUGUAUAGUGUUUCCCCUUUAAGUUAUUUAUACCUACAUUUUUCUCUGCUUCACUUUUUUAUUAUUGUAAGUUGCUAGCAUUGCUGUUGGCAAUUUCACAGUAGUAGAAAAAUAUACCAGACCAUAUGGUUCAUUCUUUUAAUUCGGUAAUUUGUCUCUUUUUUUUUUUUACCAAACACUGGCUGCUUGAAGUAUUUGAAUUAAGUUAUUACUAUUCUAAUGUUGACAAUUAGCAUAUUUAUAUUUAAUUUGUGAGCACAGGGAUGUUCCUUCUUAAUUGUUUAAAUGGAUGCAACAUUGUUAUGAGUAAUCUCACCUUUCUGAAUUUGAAAGUGCUACUGAGAACUUGUUUCUUAUUUGAACAUUGUAUAAUAUUAUUCUCACAGCAAAAAUAUGUGCAAUGAAAAACUUUUUUUAUUCAGGUAGAAAGAGGUUUGUAGUCUGAUGUCAUGCAGCUGAAUGGUAUCAUUACUUGAUGUUUCUUACUGCUUGACUGACAGCAUCCCCUCAGCAUUGCCCUGCCAAACACACUCACACACAGCUCUUUUAGCAGUAGAUUUUGUCAAAAUAUAUUAUUUUUCAUUUUGUUAGUGUGUACAUUAUGCUUUUAAAAGGUUUUGUUUAAAGUGAAUCAUUAAGCUCAAGCUAUCACAAUGUUAUGUAAAACUAAUUGGGGUCCCCCUUUUUGGACGAGUUGUCCUGAUGGUCUGUUUAAACGUGAGUAAUCAUGACCGAACAUAACUGCCAAUUGUAUAUUUUACAACAUGAAAAAAAAAUGUAAUGAAGAUUUUUAUAGCACUUGUAAAAAAUACGAUUCCUUUGAGAAGAUGUUAAAAAAUCUGACCGUUUCAGAGCUGAAUGAGCUUGAUGAAACUUAUUUCUUAAUGCUGUGUUUUUAGUAGAUUUAGAGAAAUUAUUUCACCGCUGCCAACUGAAAAACGAAUACUUUCCAAGGAGCAGUGAGUGAUGUAAAUAAGAGCUUAAACACAUUAUAAUUUCAUGUUUCUGUGCACCACAGUUAAAUGGGAAUUGAAAUUAAACCAAUUUGAGAAAUGAA